AUGAUAUCCUAUAUACGUUUCAACAGUAGGUGCAAAGGUGGCACUUGGACCCUCCCACAAAUAAAAUACCAAUGGAGCAUUAUUAAAAUGACAAAAAAGAAAAUUAAGUCUGUUGAAUGUAAGAAUCUUCUCCAAACUGGUGGUGGUCCACCUCCAACAACAAACUCCGAAAAUACAGAUGACAUCUGUUCAUGGCUCCCUAACGAAUUUGUCAUUGACACAAAUGAAUUUGAUUCUGAUGAAAUAAAUCCGGUAUUAUAUUUGAGAUCAAAGUGGAUGAUAAUUAAACUUGUCAACAUUGAAAACAAGACUUCAGAUAUUGACACAAUGAGUACAGUAAAGGAUGUCACAGUAGAAUUACUUCAGGACGUUCAAAAUACACAAGAGGUUGUAGCUACUGGCUCACCACCAAAUCCACUGUUUACACCUUCUAAGAAACCUGGAAGAAAAUAUAAAAGUUAG